UAACGGAAGUGACCAGUUACCAAGAACAAUUUCCUCUUUUGAAUUUGUAUGGGUUAUUGAGAUGUUUAUUAACAUCAUUGAUUUCACAAUAUGACUCAUUUAACUAGACAGUAUCACAUACUAACCUCAGGUAGUCUUUAAUUCGCGUUGGAAACGGGACUUGGUUGAUUUAUGUUAUCUAGGUAGCGCUUGCUAGCUGCUAACAAUAAUGGCUAACAUUAAUUGUAUGGUUUUUCACACUCAAAUAGCCUCCGUCAUGGAGGUUCUAGCGAAUGCAGCUGUGGCAGAGAUCUGUAAACUCGUAGACGACGACUAUGCAGUGUUUCGUUUGGAAAUAACGCAAAGCCAGAAAGAAAACAGGGGAUUGCGGAGGAAACUACAGCUACUGGAACUGAAGGUGGCACGGGAGCGCGCAGAGAGGACCAUACGAGAGCGUGUCCUCGCCAGUCGUCCCAGUAGUGUCAAAGUCGUCGACCGAUACAGAAUAGCAAGAGGUGAAGGACAUCUCACUGAAGGCGACAGAAGCAUUGUGAAGCCAGUGGGACAAAAUACAUGGAGAGAUGACCAACCAAUCACUGUUGAUGAGGGGAGUGGAACCUCAACCCAGCACGUUAUUGUGAUAGAGUCUGCAGAGGAUGCAGGUCCUGGGGUCAAGCAGGAGAGGACUGGAGGAGAGGAGGACCCACGACACAGCAGAGACAUCCAGACUGGAGCAGCGUCUGGAGUGGCGCCCCCUGUAGCCACAGAGGACCUAUCCACCGCCAUGGCGCCCCAGGCCAAGACACGGCACAGCACCACGGAGGAGGAGGGUCCAGAGGUGCUGCUGGUGAAGGAGGAGGGGUGUGAGGAGGGUCUGGGGAACCCUGAGGGGAACAUGGUCAUGGAGGACAACCAGACGACACCUCCUCCUGAACCGGCAGAGGAACCAGCUGAGCAGCACAGGACUACACACAGCCUCACUGAGUCAGUAGACAUGGAGGAUGGGAAGCCUGAUCUGCUACUAGUCAAAGAGGAGACUAUAGAAGACGGACCAGAGAGCAUUGACCUGCUGAGUGGACUAAAGAUGGGGGAGCAAGAUGGUUGGCUGGAGGCUAACAGAAGAGACUGGGCGGCCAUCUUGGAAUCCCAGACCCAGAUGGGUGCAGCCAAGGGCCCGGGGGACAACAUCACUGAGCAGGCCAGGACCAGAGGUGAAAUAGUGGAGGUCAGUGGAUGGGACAGCAUCUUCAACUCUGGGCUGGGGAACAACACUGUUAACUACAACCAGAAACAGACAGUCGAACACAAAACAACAACCGAACUUAGUCUCCAUGACAACAGACUGGCUGAGACCAGAGCGGGGCGUAGAUUUGGUCUGCAGGGAUGGGGAUGUGUCGGUUCGCGGCGGGAGAGAAUAGACACAGACUCGGCUAGUGAUGCUCCGUCCUGCUCCUAUAGUUGUGAUUCAGAGAGACUGAUGGCACCUCAGGUAAACCCCCUAAAAGGUGCUGCCUUCAGCAUACCUUCUAUAGGAUCUGUCAACUGGAACAUGGACCCUGCGUCAUCACAGACCCUCCCUGGCCUUCGUCCUCCUCACACUCUCCUUAUGUUAAACCAGACUUCAGACAAUGCCAGUGCCUCAACACUAAAUGGCUACACAAGCCCAUUGACAAAUGACAGUAGUUGUAACGCUAUCAAUAGAUCUGGUGGCAAAGAGAAGCGCUUCCCGUGUUCAUUCUGUGGGAAAGCCUUCAGUUUCCCCAAACAGGUGAAGAUCCACCAGAGGAUGCACACAGGGGAGAAACCUUUCAGCUGCCACCUGUGCCGGGCCAGUUUUUCAGACUCAUCCAACCUGAAGAGGCACCAGAGGGUCCACACAGGGGAGAAACCAUACAGCUGCCCUCAGUGUGAGAAGAGGUUCUCCCACCAGCACCAGCUGAAGAGGCACCUGAUGGUCCACACAGGAGAGAGGCCGUUCUCCUGUAUGCACUGCGGGAAGAGAUUCUCAGAGAGGAGCUACCUCAGAAUACACCAACAGAAAAUGCACACAACCCAUGUAAUGUAGUAUUAGCUAAUUUGUAGUUAAUUCUGUAGGUUUUCGAUGGAGUACAGAACUGGAUGAGGUAAAAUGAGGAUGAUGAAAAUGAGUGUGAGGAAGAGUAGAUGAUAUGGUGAUAGUUGGUGUGAUGGUGUCUGUAAAAAUGCUUCCCUGAUGAAAAGUGACAGCCUUGUCCCGUUUGAUGCCAGUGUUUUUAUGAGGCACUGAUAUUGCCUUAAUUCAUGUUUAUUAAUGUAGUGAAGCUGUGUGUAAUGUUGAACCUAUUUCAAGGCAUUCUAAAAUUCAUUUUAUCAAAGUGAGGGUACCUGAUUUAAAUAAAGUGUUACCAUAGGGAGAAGUUAUUCUAGUCACGUAUCACUUUAUGCAAUAAAUACUGUACCUCACAAUAUUACAAUUUUCUUGAAAUUAAAUAAAAAAUUGACUCUGUGCUGACUGACUUGUUUAUUUUUUUUUAUCAUGGUAGGGACUGAGUUUCC